AUGAGAUCUCUUAUUUUCGUGCUCUUCCUUGCUUUUGCAUUUGUCUUUGUUGCGGCUGCACCAGUCGAACAACAGCAAGUUAGACGUUACUACGCCGAUGAAAGUAUCAAUUCUGUUUCCUUUGAAAAGAGAGAAGAUGAUUUUGAAGUUGACGCUGAUGUAGCCAAGAGAGGUUUACUUGACUUCUUCGCAAGUGCUGGAAGUACCGUCAGCACCAAUUUCCUUAAUCUCUUCAAGAGUUACUUCAACUGGGGCGGAAGUGUUUCUGCUGGAAGUGGUAGCACGUCUACCUCAACUGGUACUACUACUACUACCACAACUGCUACUACCACUGAUGACUGUGACGAUGACGAGGACACCCCAGUACCACAACUGACCAUCACCGCUGUUACCUGUCCUCAUUGGUGGAGUUGCUUGUAG